GACUGUUUUACACAACCAACUGGGGACACGAACAGAACACAGAGGAGAGACACAGCGAUUUACAGAGUCACCAUGAGGACCAAAGCCAUCCUUCUUGCGUCAGUGUUUAUACUGAUACUCUUGAUUCCCGUAUCUUUUGCUACCAGCUCUCAAAACUAUACUCUAAAGAACAAUAUGACAUCUACUCAAACUUUAGGCUAUUCACACUCUCCCUCUGGAGCUACAAACAGCACAACAACAUCCUUCCCAACAUCCGAUUCAGUUACAGUCGUUCCAUCAGGUACAAAAAAUACAGAUCAAUCUGGCGCAGCUCCCUCACCCUCCUCACCUGAAAAGGCAGUGAAGACUUGGCUUAUUGUCAUUCUGUUGGUUAUCAUGGUUUUGAUGGUGCUUGUGGCAUAUCUCCAGCAUGUGUGCCAGCAGUCCGACCAUAGCGGCUCUGUGCCCAGGUUCCUAUUAGAUGUGAGGGAGAGGCUGAGAACCUGGAUCAGGAACCUGGAGGACCACCUGGGUGUUCAACUUUGGCCAGGGGACAAGAGAACAGCAGAGGAUGCCAUGGAGGAGGAUGCCAUGGAGGACACAGAAGGAGGACAGGCAGAUGAGGGAGAGGUGUGGAGGGGUGGAGAAGGAGCUAAUAAUGAACUAAGCAACGAGGAAAAAGGAGAACACAAGGAGGAAGACAGCGACACUUCGGAUGACUGCUCAAGUUUGGAGGGGGAUGAUCUGAGGGAGAGGGCACUAAACAGACAGAAUGAAGAGGAGGGGAACCAGAGCAAGGAUGAGGAUGAAACGAGUACCUCAAGUGAUGAAGGUCAAAGUCAUUCCGAAGGAAUGAGUGGUGGAAAUAAAAAUGAAGAUUCUGAAGAGACUGCACUUGUAAUUUCCCCUCAGCAGGAUUUAUGUGAUGUGACUGUUUUAUAGUGAAACAAUGCAUUUUAUUGUUACAGAGUUUAGAUAGUUACUUUAUCGACACAGUUGCCUCUGUGCUCUACAACUGAGAUGCCAAAUGUAAAAAGAAACAUUGUCAGUGUGUGAUCUUCAAAUAAACCUUUUAAAAAAAAAAAUC